AUGGUGGGUAAACAUACAACGCGUACUCUGCUACGUGUAGCAGGCAGUUUGAAAUCUGUUCCUGAUGCUAACUGCCCGGUAUCUUCCUCGGCUUUAGAUCACGAAGCAUGUAGAGCAUCUGGAUAUUCGAAUCAACUUUCCUGCUCCACUUGCAUCGAGUUGAAAAAAUACAGACUCGCAGUUCUUCAAGAAUCCUAUUUCUUGACGGGUAGUGCCAGGGAUCGCUUUCCUAACCUAGACGUCAACUACAAGCCAGGCUCAAAGCCAACUAUUAGUCUCCUUGACAACUCAAAAGUCGUAAAAGAGACCUUCUCUAUGGAAGGUUGGGACUUCGAUACCAUCGUUGAAUUUUUGCGCGAUCGCCUUGCAUAG